CUCUCGGCCUUUGAUGGGCAUCGUUACGUUGGAACGUUGCUACUUGCAACGUUCUGAUUUGCUCCGGGGUUCCCUUAAGAAACGGCUCUCGCGCCCGUUCUUCUGGCAGACUCUGGGAAGCCCUUUUUAAAUCUCCUUCCUCUCCGAAUUUAUUUUUAUCUAUACGUCUCCAGAUCUGAACAGGCCCACCUUCUGCUGUCAGGCCUGGAAAAUGAAGACGGAAGAGGCCCCGUCUUGUCUGCAGCAAGCCACGCCAGUCCUCGGCUAUGGCUCCGAGUCCAAAAUGCGAGAAGUUUGUGCUGGGUGCAACACCCCAAUCUCCGACCGCUUCCUCCUGAGGGUGAACGAGCGUUCCUGGCAUGAAGGCUGUGUGAAGUGUGCCGCUUGCCUGCAGCCUCUGUCGGGGACAUGCUAUUGCCGCAACCGGCAGCUCUACUGCAAACAUGACUACGAAAAGCUCUUCCAGACCAAAUGCAGUGGCUGCCUUAAAGCUGUGGCUCCAUCCGAGUUCAUCAUGCGAGUGCUGGAGAAUGUCUACCAUGUCCAUUGCUUCUCCUGCUGCGAGUGCGAGCGGCGGCUGCAGCGUGGUGAUGAGUUUGUGCUCAAGGAAGGGCAGCUACUCUGCCGCAGCGACUAUGAGAAAGAGAGGGAAAUGUUGAGCGCAAUCAGUCCUGCUCCCACUGAGUCAGUGAAGAGUGAGGACGAGGAUGGGAGCCACCCCCAUGGCAAAGGCGGGGAGGAAGGCAAAGACCACAAGCGCUCCAAGCGCCCACGCACCAUCCUCACCACGCAGCAGCGGCGAGCAUUCAAGGCCUCCUUCGAAGUCUCCUCCAAACCCUGCCGGAAGGUGAGGGAGACAUUAGCAGCUGAAACUGGCUUGACUGUCCGGGUGGUGCAGGUCUGGUUCCAGAACCAGAGGGCCAAGAUGAAGAAGAUCGCCCGCAGGCAGCAGCAGCAGCAGCAACAGCAGCAAGAGCAAGAACAGCUGGGAAACUCCCGCCUGGGGACAGGGAGGGGGAAUGGCCGGAGCAGCCGACAGAGCAAUGAAGACAGUGAAGAUGGCGCCAGUGUGCAUGGGAUCGAUGGCCUCAUGGUGCCCUACUCCAGAAUUGCUCAGCAGCAGCUGCUUCCCCUGGAUCAGAACAGCUAUAGCACAGACCUGUACCGGCAAGGGCUCACACCGCCCCAGUUGCCCGGAGAUCAUCUCCACCCCUAUGAUUCGGAAGGCGUCUUCCACGACAUGGACAGCGACACCAUCGGUCAUUUGGGGGACUGCCUGUUGUCAGCCGCAGAAGCCAACCUCCUGCAAACCCGAGUGGGCAACCCCAUUGACCGGCUGUAUUCCAUGCAAAACUCCUACUUCACUUCCUGACCCUGGGGGCAAUCUUGGCUCUUUCGCCACCUGUACAUCAUGCUGGGCUUGGGAAGAGAGAACAGGAUGGAGAAGCAAGACCUAGCCGCCUCUCUGGACAAACUCUUUGGACCCUUGCAAGGCAAAUCAAGCCCCACAGCCUAGUGAGGCAUUUGAAUGCUGGCUCCUGUGUCCCACCUAUAAGAUCUUGAAGGACUUUGCUACACUGCCUCUUCCCCUUCCCUUCACCUGGCAUCCUGGACAGUUUCUCGUGGUGUAGCUGUAUGUAGAGCAGUGUGGGGGUUUUUUUGUAUUUAAACUGUAGGGCAUUGAGGCUGAGUUUAACGCAACAGCAGCAGAGAUAGGAGGUCUAGUUUCUGAUGAACAAAAGGUUUACAGCGCUGUUGUGCUUUUUUUAAAGUGAGUUUGUUUCAACAGAUAGUUCCUUGUGAAUUUUCUUAAGCACUGAUAAGACCACAUGUUUACAUUUUUCAUGAUACUGCCAGCGUACAGAAGAGCAAAGGUUAGUCCCCCAGAGAGCAAGUUCAUCUGAAAAGAGUGUGGCUUGGAGGAUAAUUCGACACUGCUAAUCUUUAUUUCUUUCAUCCCACUUUAGCUACUACGGCUGCCUCCCCACUCCCACCCCUGCGAGAUGCUGAGAAUUCUUUGCUCAGAGAUACUACCUCCUCCCAGAACUACACCUCCCACAGUCCUUGUUGAAGUGGGUAGACCUUGAUUUAAAGCAGACAUGCUCAUUUUGCUGGGUAGGGCACAUUUUAUAUCCACACUGCCAUAUUGUAAUUCUAGGAUGGCAAAUCUUUAAAACACAUGUGCACACACAGACACAUACACACACAAAA